AUGUCUCUAAAGGGUAAAACUUUCACCUUUUUACCUAAUCCUAACACAUCUUAUAACAGGUUUUUUGAAAAUAUAUUGAAAAAAAAAGGCGCUACAAUUGCAUCGGGUUUUGGAAAUUGUCUUCAAUCUGAUGCUAAAGAAGUGGUCAUUUUGAUUGAUGACUCCUUUGUUGAUCCUGAGAUGCAUUUGAUCCAGAAAGAUAUUUUCCAAAGGGAAGCAGGCUUAAAUGGUAUCGAUGACUUUCUUAAUAAGAUUGAAGAAUCAAACAUUCAAUGUCUGAAGACUAGCUGUGUCACAAAAUGGGUCCAGAAUGACAAAUUUACGGUUGAAAAAGGUGAUUUAAUUAGAUUUCGGCCAUCUAUUAUUGCUAUAUCUGAUGACACUGAUGACGAGCAAAGUUCUACUGAUAAAGAGAGUGAGGUUUCAACCGACGUGGAAAAUGAAGGGAAUGAUAGCGGCAAAAAUACAUAUAUCUUACAGGCUUCAAAAUUUAUUAAACAUCCCUCACAAGAAGGAGAAGGAACAACAUCGCUUGUGACUAACAAGAGAAAGUAUAAGAAUAACGAAUUGAUUAUCGCAGCAUUGAAAAGAUUAACUAAAAAGUAUGAGAUUAAAGGUGAGAAGUUUCGUGCAAGAAGUUAUAGACUUGCCAAACAGUCGCUGGAAAACUGCGAUUUUAACAUUAGUUCCGGUGAAGAAGCACAUAUUAAAUUAAGGAAUAUCGGGCCUAGCAUUGCUAGAAAAAUACAAGUUAUAUUAGAUACAGGAGUGUUACCAGGUUUGAAUGAUUCAAUGGGGUUGGAAGAUAAGCUAAAAUACUUCAAUAAUUGUUACGGUAUUGGGCCAGAAAUUGCUAAACGCUGGAAUCUUCUAAAUUUCGAAAGUUUCUGUGUUGCAGCUAAAAAAGAUCCGGAAGAGUUUGUUUCAGAUUGGACAAUUUUAUUUGGUUGGUCAUAUUACGACGAUUGGUUAUGUAAGAUGUCUCGAAAUGAAUGUUUCGCACAUCUAGAGAAGGUUCAAAAUGCACUACGCCAAAUUGAUCCUGAAUGCCAAGUUGAAUUACAAGGAAGUUAUAAUAGGGGAUAUUCUAAAUGUGGUGACAUUGAUCUUUUAUUUUUCAAGCCGUUUUGUAAUGACACGACCGAAUUGGCAAAAAUCAUGGAAACUCUUUGUAUUAAGUUAUAUAAGGAUGGUUAUAUCCAUUGUUUUUUACAGCUAACACCAAAGUUGGAGAACAUAUUCGUAAAAAAAAUAGUGGAGAGAUUUCGUGCAGCCAAGAUUGUUAGAUAUCGAGAAAGAAAGAGGUGGUAUUCAUCUGAGAUAAUCAAGAAAUUUUUCAUGGGAGUUAAACUGCCUCUAAAAAAAUUAGAAGAACUGAAAGAAAUGGAGAAUGAUGAAGGUACAUUGCUAAUUGAAGAGGAAGAAGAAGAAACGAAAUUAAAACCAAUUGACCAAUAUAUGUCUUUGAGCUCUAAGGAUGGGAAUUAUUGCAGAAGACUGGACUUUUUUUGUUGCAAGUGGGAUGAGCUUGGAGCAGGAAGGAUACACUAUACUGGAUCUAAAGAGUACAAUAGAUGGAUAAGAAUAUUGGCAGCACAAAAAGGCCUUAAGCUUACACAACACGGCUUAUUUCGAAACAAUACCCUUCUUGAAAGCUUUAACGAACAUAGGAUUUUCGAAUUAUUAAACUUAAAAUACGUUGAACCCAAACACAGGAAUAAGAUCGAAUGGGAGAAAAAAGCAACUGGUUAA